UAUGUGGCAAUUUGUUUGGUUAAUCCUAGGAGUACUCCAUGUAGGACUUUCCUCUAGUAGUGAGAUUCCUAAAUCUGCUGUGAUUCAACGGAUGGACAAUAUUCCGUACUCGUUCGCGAUAUUUCUGGGCCAGGUUCGUUCCAGCAACUAUACAAUCGGUGAUUCUUGGCAGAACAAGUUGUGUGCGUUUGAUUUAGAAUUAUUUGCUGAUGCGCUGCAGAAGGACACAUUUUGGGCGUUAGAUUUUUUUGAUUCUUGGGGCAAAACACCUGCUGGCUUACUUCACGGUAACUAUUUCACACCGGGAAACUUUGAACAGUGUUUGCAUCUAACCGAAUCCAAUGAGGCAAGAUCUAUCAAGAGUCAACACUGCACGGUACAGCUUGGUUUGCAAAACUCAAAAGUUCUGUCCUCUGCGUUAUGGCUGGGUAUUUGUGUACCUGCAUCAUGCGAACCUUCGUUCAUCAAACAGUUAACGGAAUAUUUCGCACUAGAGUAUGAGUUGGAUCCUGUAUUGGAUUACAAUCAAACCGAGUUUUGUUAUCAUCAAAAUGAUGGAAGUGAGAGUUUCGGAAAAGCCACAACUUAUGCAAUUAUCGUGCUAAGUGUUAUCGCUGCUGUGGUUGUGGCAUGUACGAUAGUGGAGAUACUCGGCUUAUUGUUAAAACAAUCAAUUUCUAAAUAUAUGAAACAUGUUUCUUUGUACAAUAACAUAGUCAUGGUCCUCGAAACCAACACCAAAUCCGACGAGAAAACAAAAACUUUGGACUGUGUUAAUGGAAUACGAUCAAUAUUGAUGCUACAAAUCGUAGCUCAUCACGUUCAUGAUGCUUUUCGAACCAUACCAGUCAGUAACCAUUCAACUCGAGAAAAAUAUUUCGAGACUGCACCCGGAAUUUUGAGUUACCGUGUUUCAGCGUUAUCUGCGGAUAUAUUUCUAGCGCUCAGUGCCAUGUUGCUCACGACUGGUUUCAUGAGUAAACUUACCAAUAAUGCUAGUAAAACGGACAUAGUGAGAGUUUGGAUUCAUCGAAUCAUUCGUAUUUUACCCGCAUAUGGAUUUUUAAUAUUUUUCACGAUUGCUUUCGCCGAGCAUUUCGGGGAAGGACCAUUGUAUCGUCAUUUAGUUCAGCCUACAGUCGAUGCCUGUGUCGAUAACUGGUGGACUGCAAUGCUGUUCGUGCAGAAUUACAUGAAUCCGGAUCGGUUGUGCCUUCCUCAUACCUGGUAUCUUUCGGUAGAUAUGCAGCUUUACUUCAUCUCCCCGGUACUGAUAUAUUUACUAUGGCGAUACAAAAGUUUAAUUUCACAUAACAUAACAUUUUUGGUAAUGAUUCCUAUCGUUUGUGUGUUUGCCACCUUCACUUAUAACGACUUUUGGUUGAAUCCUCCGAUGACGGGGAACCGGGAGAUGCACCGCUUACAAUCCACAUAUUACGCCACGCAUGCCCGUAUGUCCGCGUGGUUCCUUGGAAUUGGUUUCGGCUAUUUCCUCUUCCAAACUCGAGAGAAACAAGUCAAGUGGUCGGCAAUCGUCCUUACCACAGUAUCCGUUUUUGCAACAGCUUUAUCGGGAUUCAUCAUGUUUGCGGCUUAUGAAAUCUAUAAACCACGUGGAGUUGAUUUGCUAGGUGAUGCAUUCUACGAAUCAUUGCAUCGAGUCGCUUGGGUCGGAUGUCAUAUGUGGCUAAUCUUUAUGUGCAUAAAUGGAUACGGUAGUGUUCUGAAUAGCUUCCUGAGCUGGGCGGUUUGGAAACCGAUCGCUCGGUUAUCAUACUGCAUGUAUUUGAUCCAUUACGUAGUAAUUAUCAUUACUUUUGGCAGUACAGUUAGACAGCCGCUUUAUUUCAGUGUUGUUAAUAUGCAAUACAUUCUGAUGGGUGUUGUUGGUAUAUCGGCUGCAACGUCUUUCAUUUGGACAUUGUUUAUUGAACAACCCUUUGUAUCGCUGGAAAGAAAUAUUUUUACAUUGUUCAAAAGGUAA